AUGGAACAUCGACAUUAUCAAACUGUUAAUGAUAAGAAUGAUGUUGAUGAUAAAGAAUUCGUCAUUAAUCAUGAAAAUAUUAUUGAACAAUCAACUGAUGAUACUAUUGAAGAAGAUAAUCAUGAAUUAUCUAAAACACCAAUUCCAGAAAUAAUUAAUGAUGAAAAAGAAAAUAUUAAUACAAACGAAUAUUUAAAAUCACAAGUUGAUGAAAAUGUUCCUCAACAACAAUCAUCAUCGUCUGUAAACGUUACAACUUUAGACGAUAAUAGAUCAUUAUCAACGACAACAUCAGCAUUAACAACAACCAUAACAACAACAAAAGCUGAUGAUAGAGCAUCACCAUUAAAUCAUACACUUCGUGAAAAUCAACACAUAUCGGAUCGUUCAUCUCCUGUCAAUGGUCCCGGUCUAGCUAAACCUAUAUCAAUGACAUCAUCUUUAAAAGAACAACAAUUUCGAACAUUAUCUACAACUAAUCCCGUUGGAAAAAAACGUAUUGAUGCUGCAUUAGAAAAAAAUAUUGAAACAAUAGUUACACAAGUACGUCGUACAACAACAAAACCAUCACAAUUAACACAAAAUGAUCUACAAUUAUUUGAUACUACAACAUCACCAGUAAAUAGUAUUAAAAAUGGUCAUCAAUCACGUGAAACAACACCAUUGACAUCAAAUACAAUACAUAAACAAUCGUCAUCAUCAUCACGUGAAAUGACACCUGAUUCGAUAAAUACAGAUUCAGCUAAUGAAGAUCAACAACAAACAAUACGAAAUGGACAUAAUUAUCAUCGUUCUAUUCAUCAUCCAUCAUCUACACAUAUUGAUUUAAAUUCGCCAUCUAUUCCACCUUAUGCACAACAGCCAUGGCCUCCUACUGUUUAUCCAUUUGCUCAUCAACAUCCUGGACUUUAUUUACCUUAUCUAUCAGCACCAUCGGCAACAACAUCAACACCAACCAAUGGUUUACCACCAUUUUAUCCUUCAUAUGAUCCAUUAUUUAUCGAACAGCAUUAUGGUCCGCAAGGAUUAUCGGCUUAUUAUAAUCAACAACAACAGCAACAAGCUCGCCUUUUACAAGAACAUUCAGCAAUGUCAGGUACGACAAAUAAUACACCUUUAUUUAGAGAAUCACAAUCAUUAACUGAUUUAUUUAAUAAUUCAAUAAAUAAUAAAAAACUUUCAAAUCGUAUUAAUCCACGUUUAAAUAAUUUAAAUGAACAACAACAACAAAUGAUAUUAUCACAUCUCUAUCUUAAUCAGAUAACUUCACUUCCAUUUGUAACAUUAUAUGAAAAUUCAACAUCAUCAUCAUCAUCAUCACGUCAUUUUCGAGCUAAUGGAGAUAGUGAUCAUGCCUCUUCAACUUUAACAACUCCAACAAAAGAACGUGGUGAACAUUCACCUGCUGGUAGUGGUGAAUCAAUAAAAUUAUCGGAUUCAGUUUCAAUUGGACAUAGAAAUAAAAAAUCAACAUCACAAACAUUUCAGCAUCAUAAUAAUAUAAAUGGAAGUUUAUCAAAAUUAUCACCAGAUUUAUCAUCGGAUGGUGCUGGUACAAAUGAUGCUGAUAGUAUUAUUUCAUUGGAAAGUCAAAAAUCUAAUACAACAGCAAGUAUGCCUGUACUUGAAGAUGGUUUAUCAGAUUCAGAAAAUAUAAGUGGUGAUGAACAAUCAUCGUCAAUAAAAUCAAAAUCAAAUGGUCGUCAUCAAUCCACACAAAGCGAUUUUUUAUUCGAUCAAAAUCAUUCAUCAUUAAUAACAUCAUCACAUAAACGACAAUUUUCGAAAUCAACAACAACAAAUGGUCUUGAAUCUCAAUCAAAAUCAUUUUAUAUUCGUCCACUGCCAGCAACACCCCCAUCAUCAUCUUUAUCAUCAUCAUCAUCAGCUACUGUUCAACCUGUAACAACAGAUUGUUCAACAAAUGAAUCAAAUUGGCAACAACAAAAAACUAGUAAUGAAGAAUCUUCAGGUGGUCAAACAGAUGAAGGAAAUGUUAACAUAAAACCAUUACCAAAAAAGGAUUAUGAUACUGAUGAAGAAACAGAUAAAUUACUUGGUGUUGAACAUCGUAUUCAUGCUAAAAAUCAAGCUGUUCGUGAUGCUGCUGUUUCAAAACCAUCAAAUAAACCUAAAACACAAGAAGUUCUUACUCGAACAAUUGUUGAUCCAGAAAAUUCGUCAGUACUAAUUGAAGGUGUUUUAUUUCGUUGUCGUUAUCUUGGUUCAACACAAUUACUUGCCGAAGGAAAUCCAACUAAAGCAUCACGUAUGAUGCAAGCACAAGAAGCUGUUGGACGUAUUAAAGCACCACAAGGUGAAAGUCAACCAUCAGUUGAAGUUGAUUUAUUUAUAUCAACUGAAAAAAUUAUGGUUUUAAAUACUGAUUUACAAGACAUUCUAAUGGAUCAUUCUCUAAGAUCAAUAUCUUAUAUAGCUGAUAUUGGUGAUCUUGUUGUACUAAUGGCUAAACGACGUUAUUUACAACAUACUGAUGAUAAUAUUAAUGGAAAUGAUGACACAAAUGAAACAAGUACACGUCGUGUUGUAUCAAUUAAUCAAAAAAUGAUUUGUCAUGUUUUUGAAUCCGAAGAAGCUCAAUCAAUUGCGCAUUCCAUUGGACAAGCAUUUCAAGUAGCGUAUGUCGAAUUUUUAAAAGCCAAUGGUAUUGAUGAUCCAAGUUUUACGCGUGAUAUUGAUUAUCAAGAAGUACUUAAUCAACAAGAAAUUGGUAAUGAAGAAUUAGAUCGAUUUUCCAAAAAAGAAUGUCAAAAAGAAGUUAUUGUUCCAAAAUCGAAGAAUGAAUCACUUGGUGUUGUUAUUGUUGAAAGUGGUUGGGGUUCAAUGUUACCAACAGUUGUUAUCGCAAAUAUGAUGCCUAAUGGACCAGCCGCAAGAUGUGGACAUUUAAAUAUUGGUGAUCAGAUUAUAACAGUUAAUGGAAUAAGUUUAGUUGGGUUACCGUUAUCUUCUUGUCAAACACAAAUAAAAAGUGUUAAACAUCUUACAACUGUACGAUUAGUCGUUGUUCCUUGUCCACCAGUUGUUGAAGUACUGAUUCGACGACCGGAUACUAAAUAUCAACUUGGUUUUAGUGUACAAAAUGGCAUUAUUUGUAGUCUACUUCGUGGUGGUAUUGCUGAACGAGGUGGUGUACGUGUUGGUCAUCGAAUCAUAGAAAUCAAUGGACAUAGUGUUGUCGCUACUCCUCAUGAAAGAAUAGUCAGUAUGUUAUCAAAUUCAGUUGGUGAACUUCGAAUGAAAACAAUGCCAACUCAAAUGUAUCGUCUAUUAACUGGACAAGAAAAUCCGAUAUAUAUAUAA